AUGGUAGGAUUUAAAACAACAUUUGGGCUCUUGGCGACACUGGCUGUUGUCGGUGUCGCCCUUCCUGGUACUGCAGAAUGGUCGAACCAGGGUAGUGACGCUACGGGUGUUGCCGCCAGUGAGCAUGGCAGCAGUAGCGCUGCUGGCCAGGACAGUGGCAAUGGCUAUUCGAGUGGUACUGGUACUGGUACUGGCGCAGGCGGUGGCGCUGGAGGUCAAGGUCAAGGUCAUGGCGGGGGCACUGGCGCUGAAGGUGCCAAUGGCCGUGAUGGGUACCAUGGAGGUUCUCAUGCUGGCGGAGAUGGAGAACAAAACCUUGGUGGAAGCGGCUCGGACGGGUCUCACGAAGGUGGUGGUAAUUCACCUGGUACUGCUUGGCGUCGUCACGAAAACUCUGGUGGGCCUGGUGGCAUGGCUGGUUCAUCUAGCGGCAUCCAAAACGGCAACCAUGAGGAUCCCGGCUCUGGAAACGAUGGUGAGCAUUCAUGGGAUAGGAGACGUGGCGAGGGACGGACUGUCGAUCAUGAGGGCCAAGGAUUUGGAGUUGGCAGUGGCAGAGAGGGAAAGGACGCUGACCGACCAGGCGGUGUUCGUCCUCGUGAUGAUGUGGUGGACGCUGUCAAAGACACUUUUACAGCCCUCACCAACUCAUCUAAACAGAGACAUGCUCGUGAUGAAGGGGACGCGAUCAAAGAUACCUUCAAAGCUGUUACCGAUACGUCCAAACAGAGACACCCUCGUGACGAAGAGGACGCAGUCAAGGAUGCCCUCAAAGCUCUCACCCAUACAUCUAGACAAAGUCAAGCCCGCAGCCCUGAAGAAGAAGAACAAGCCAAAAAUGAGAACGACGAUGAUGGCAAUCAAUCAGAUAUUGAUCUCAACGAAUUCUCUCGUCGAUGGCAAGAGGCUCUGGACGAUGAAGACUCACCAGAUAUCAGGUUCAAGUUCGAUUCAGAUCACCCCAAUGCUCAGGUCACCACGCUCAGGAGACGUGCCGCCGGCCUAGGAUUUUAUGAAUGUGCGAAUCGGAUGUUUACGCCUCCGUGCAAAUUCACGGACUUUGUACCAGGCCAGUGUUAUGAAAGGAUGUACCAUGAAUAUGGCUCAUUCUCCCCCGAUAGGGGUGUCAAUUGCAAGCUUUACGAGAGAACAAGGUGCAACAUGAAUCACACCGCAGACAACCCCCAAGCCAGUAUUCAGUGGCGACAGUUGAACGAUAUUAUAUAUCCCGGUAUCCCGAACUAUCAGAACAACACCGCUCUGCAGCUUGCUGGCUUCCACAUCAACGGCCCCAUGAGCUUCAAGUGCUGGUUGGCACUGACGCCGGUGGGGAAGUCGUCAUAG